AUGCACUUCUCGCUCCUCGCCCUCUCUGCAGCCAUUGCCCUGCCUCUGGUCAGCGGAAGUAACCUGCCCGGCCUGAGUGCUACUCAGUCCAAGCACGCUCAGGAUAUCAUCGCUGAGGCCAAGCGUGAGGGUCUUGGUCUGCACGGCUGCACAGCUGGUAUUGCGACUGCCCUUGUGGAGUCAAACAUCCUGAUUUAUGCUAAUCGGGGUGUCCCUUCCUCCCUCAACUACCCCCACGACGCUAUUGGCUCUGAUAACGACAGCGUCGGUAUCUUCCAGCAGCGUGCCAUGUACUACCCCGAUAUUGCGGCUGACAUGGAUGCCGCCAAAUCUGCUGCUCAAUUCUUCAAGAGGAUGAAAGGCGUCAGUGGUUGGAAAUCUAUGGCAGUUGGAACCCUCUGCCAGCAGGUGCAAGGCUCUGCUUAUCCUACUCGCUAUGGCGAGCAUGUUUCUGAGGCUGAGAACAUUUGCAAAGCUGGUGGCAUUUAG